AUGAAGUUCUCCCUGGUUACUAUCCUUUCAGCCACCGCAUUGGUCUCUGGCGCGCCCUUUCCUGGUACCAGCCCAGAGUCAGCGUUAGAAGAGCGCCAGGCUGCGCAGAGCAUCAACGAUGCCAUGGUCAAGAAAGGACGAAAGUAUUUUGGCACCUGUACCGAUCCAGGCCGUCUGAAUGCCGGAUCCAACGCCGCUAUCAUCAAGGCCAACUUCGGUGCCAUCACCCCUGAGAACAGCCUGAAAUGGGAUGCCACCGAGCCCUCAAAAGGCAACUUCAACUUUGGUCAAGCGGACCAGACACUCAAGUUUGCGACCGACAAUAAGAAAUUGAUUCGUGGGCAUACUCCCGUCUGGCACUCUCAGCUUCCAAGCUGGGUGUCGUCGAUUAGGGAUAAGGCAACAUUGACGUCCGUCAUGCAAAACCACAUCACCACCCUGAUGACACGCUACAAAGGCCAGAUUUACGCGUGGGACGUUAUCAAUGAAAUGUUCGAGGAAAAUGGCAACUUCCGCUCCAGCGUGUUCUACAACGUCCUCGGCGAGUCUUUCGUCCGAAUUGCCUUUGAAGCGGCUAAAAAGGCCGACCCAGACGCCAAGUUGUACAUCAACGACUACAAUCACUAUCAUAGUCUCGACACCGCAUCCUACGCAAAAACCCAGGCCAUGGUCCGCAACGUCAAGAAUUGGAUCUCGCAGGGUAUACCCAUCGACGGUAUCGGCUCCCAGGGCCACUUGACAUCUGGCCAGGGUGCUAAUGCUCCUGCUGCCAUGGCCGCGCUCUGUGCUGCUGCCCCUGAGUGCGCGUUGACCGAGGUGGAUAUUCAAAACGCGCAGGCUUCGGACUGGACGAACGUUGUGAAGGCGUGCUUGAACCAGGCGAAUUGUGUGGGAAUCACUGUGUGGGGUGUCCGUGACAGUGAUUCGUGGAGACCACAAGGUAACCCGUUGUUGUUUGAUAGUAACUACAAGGCCAAGCCUGCGUAUGAUACUGUUUUGGCGGCUUUGCAGUAG